AGGGGUUUGGUUUAUUUCUGUCUGAAAUUGAGACUGAAGAUGGUUGAAGAGAAGAAGAAACCAGUUGCUAAAAAAGGCGCCAAGAAAGCGGUGAGUAAACCGUCAGGAAAGGGCGGUAAGAAGCGGCGAAGGUCGAGGAAGGAGAGUUACGCCAUUUACAUCUACAAAGUGAUGAAGCAGGUUCACCCCGACACCGGCAUCUCCUCCAAGGCCAUGAGCAUCAUGAACUCGUUCGUGAGCGAUAUUUUCGAGCGCAUCGCGGGUGAGGCUUCCCGCCUGGCCCAUUACAACAAGCGCAGCACCAUCAGCUCCCGGGAGAUCCAGACCGCCGUGCGCCUGCUGCUGCCCGGGGAACUGGCCAAGCACGCCGUGUCGGAAGGGACAAAGGCGGUGACCAAGUACACCAGCUCCAAGUGAAACCCCACAACGGACUGAAAAGCAUUCAAAACACAACGGCUCUUUUAAGAGCCACCCACAGUCUCCCUGAAAACGCUAGACCACCUCAAUUUUUAAUUUGCCGUUUUCUAAUUUGAAAAAUUUCGAACGAUGUUUUUUUGAGUUUUGUUUAACACAUUCAGGCCAAUGUAGACUCGGUUCAAUUAUUCGCUGUCGUUAAUAAAGUACAAAAAUUAA